AUGAAAUUGUAUUCAAGCCUGUCGAACGCUGAUGAUUGGGCAACAAGAGGAGGGCUUGUGAAGAUAGAUUGGAGCCAAGCUCCAUUCACAGCUUCCUUCAAGAACUUGAAAGCCAAUGGUUGUGUUUGGUCCAAUGGUGUUUCUUCAUGCAACUUAUCAUCAUCAAACUCCUCUGAUAAUAACAACUCUUGGCUCUCUCAACAGCUUGAUUCAAACGGUCAGAGGAAGCUCAAAUGGUUGCAGAAGAAUUACAUGAUUUACAAUUACUGCUCAGACAUUAACCGAUUCCCUAGGGCCUCCCUCUUGAAUGCACGCUCCGAACCACCUGAUUUCAAAUUCCGUGUUCCCCAAUUCAUUCUGCAGUUUAAAUUAUUUGUAUAA